AUGAUUAAGAUGGCAAGAUUUGCCAUCGUGGAAUGGGCCAAAUUGGAGUCUCAAAAAGUACUUAUGAACAAUGAAACAUUAAAGAUACUAAUUGACAAAAAAGAAGUGGACAUCAAUGCAGCCGAUCAAUAUGGUCAUAGCGCACUAAUAUAUACCGUGCGUAAUAAUGCAACAAAUUGUGCGAAGUUAUUGCUUGAUCAUGGUGCUGAUGUAAAUGCUGUUAACAACAAUGGUAAGACUGCACUGAUGUAUGCAGGAUCAGUAAAUGAUUCAGUAGAAUGCGCCAAUCUGCUCAUUGCAUAUGGUGCUAAUAUUGAUGCUAGGGAUAAUGACGGGGCGACAGCUUUAAUACACGCAAAAUCUAAAUGUAUGUGUCUGCUGGUUGACAAGGGGGCAGAUGUAAACGCAUCAAAUAUAAGAGGACUCACUGCACUCAUGCGAUCGACAAGGUUUGACACGAUAGCACCCAUGGAAGCGUUAUUGGGCCAUGGUGCUGACGUGAACGCUUGUAUCAAUCCCGGAAUGAACGCACUAUUUUACGCUGUAUGCUACGACAAUCCUGAUUCAGUACGGUUGCUUAUCAAGAAAGGCGCCGAUGUCAAUAAACCUGAUCUAAAUGGUGACACGGUUCUUAUGCGUUCUGUAUUCAAUAGUGCAAAUCCAGCUUGUCUUGUACUGUUGUUAGCGAAUGGUGCAGAUACCAACGCUGUUAAUCACAAUGGAAAGACUGCAAUGUCUUUUGCAUUUGGAAUGGAAAUAUAUGCAGCUAUCUGUAUCCUUGCUCUGUAUGGAGCUCCAUUUGUUACUGAACAGUUAAUUGCUAUCAAGAAGCACAUUACCAAGGGCAAACAUCCCCAACUGGAGUUGAUAUUAGAGAACCUCAAACGACCAAACCUUCAACGGCAAGCGAGACGCCGGAUACACCAGCAAACCACACGCGUGUGUCGAAACACAAAGUAUUCCAAUACAAUUGAUGCUCUCGUCAAAGCAGGUGAUCUACCAAUGAGAUCGAGGUCUUUUAUGUUGUUUGAAGAUGACAUUGAAGAGAUAAUAGCGACUUUAACAAAUUGUGAUUUAGGAUGGGCAGAGAGGCAUAAUUUUUUAACUGUUUUCACAUUAGAUCAGACUAAUCAAUGAACUUUGGUGGGUGUUAGAGGGUCCUUUGGGCAUGUUGGACACUAACCACUAAGAGAAAAUAUCUAGGUUUGGGUCUAGUCUGACUGUGGAAUAGUCAAGUCCCCGG